AUGACCGUGGUUAUCUCAUACUCAGAAAGGGACAAGAUAGAUAUGGCUGAAAAAAAACGGGUGCUCAUUACCGGUGGGGCAGGCAAUGUCGGCAGUACAUUGUGGGGUGCGUGGGAAAAGGAAGAUAAAUACACCUUGACAUUGGUAGAUAUCAAGGAGGCUGAUAGCACGAAAUCCCGCGUUGAGUUGGGAGAUGUUCGAGACUAUCAGCGAAUGCGAGAACUUUGCAAAGAUCAAGAUGUCGUUGUGCACCUCGCGCUUGUGACUCAAGAUCGAUUUGGCAAAGUACCGGGCGAAGUGACCGAUAUAGGGGCAUCAAUGCUGCUAUUUGAAGCUGCCCGCGAAGAGGGCGUCCAAAAAAUUGUGUUUGCGUCCACAAACCACGUCACCGGUUGGAAUGAACAUAUAAGUUCACCACCACGAUUUUCUACAGCGGAACAGAUCAAUCCCGAUGGUUGGUACGGGGCGAUGAAAGGGAUGGCAGAGGUCGGCGGACGCUACCUCGUCAAUGAGUUCGACAUGCGCUUUAUCAGCAUCCGUAUUGGUACGUUCACAGGUGGGUAUGAAGCAAACCAUUUACGCACCUGUAGCACACUCCUGACGCCGCGCGAUUGUGCCCAACUUUUUGGGCGAGCAGUUGAUUAUGAAGGACCCGUGAAAUUUCUCAUCACGUAUGGCAGGUCUGCCAAUUCGACCGCCUACCAACAGAGCUAUCUUGAUAUUAGUGGUGCUGUUGAGAUUCUCGGUUAUCAACCGCAAGAUAACCUGAUGAAAACGCAUCUUCCUCAGUUGCUGAACGAUGAUGCGUGA